AUGUCAGGUCAGGAGACCUCACCACAGUCUCCCCCCGCAAACACACCAAAACAUCGACGGCCCUGGACUGCAGCCGAGGAUGCCACUCUGAGGACUCUGGUCGGCCACUUUGGUGCCAGUAGAGGCUCCGAGGGAAGGUGGAAGGAUAUUGCUGCUGGGCUCGAGGGUCGCACGGCAAAGAGCAAAUCACAGGGCACCACUCCCUCGUCAUCAUCUCAGAUGUCUCCUACGGAUAUCGGAAUAUCGCCAGCACCCCAGAAUCCCAACAUGAGCUUGGAGGCGACCGGUGGAAACAUGGCGGGCCCUUCACCUUCGCCGCUAAGGGAUUCCGAGGGCAGUGAGGAUACGGAAACACCUAAUGAUACCGCGGCACCGAUGAUUGCUGGGCCUGCUCCCGAUCUUUCAACAAACAUCCCCGACCCAGCGCAGAACGGUCCUACACAAUGUCCACAGCCACCUAGACCAUUACAAGCACAGCCGCCGAAUAACCCGAACGGUUCAUUCACCGUGCCAUCUCCGUCAACAUGGUCAUCACUAGGCACGAUGCUGCCCCCAGGGACGUCUCCCACGAACCAGAACCUGUGGCUUGGAUCAGCUACCAAUCCAGCUGUUCCCAAAGACUGGGACGUGCCAGGAGAUGAUUCAAUACCCCAAUCUUACACCGAGCAAUUCCCACUACCGACAUCCACGGCACAAACGAUACACCACCACCAUCACCAUCAUGUACAUCACCACUUUCACCACUACCAUCACUACCAAGGUGGAGGUGACUCCUGGCGACAGCUGGAACAGCAAUGUGAAGCAGAGGCCUUGCAGGCACAUGUUCAACAAAACGAGAAUGGUCCACCGAAUGCAGGAUGA